AUGAAUGCUAGGAGAGGUCGUGGACGCGGCAGAGGCCGUGGUAGAGGUCAGGGAAGGAUUCUGGCACCUGCACCUGAGAAUUCGAUUGUUGGGGAGAAUACACCUCCUACUAUUAUGGACGAUGUUCCAGUGGAUCAGGGAGCACAAGACGCGCUAGCACCAGCACCAGCUGCUGCGCCACAGUUGGACCCGAUGAUUAGGGGGAUGAUGGAGGCUUUUGCUCAGGCAGUUGGACAGUAUAUGCCACAGAUGUUUGGAGCUCAACAGGCUGCAGGACAGGCUGCACAGGUCCCAGUUGGAGAGCAGGGGACUGGAGCUGCCAAUAGGACAUUAUUAGAGUUAGGGGAACUGCGGAGGUCGAGGCCAACAGUUUUCCGUGGUCAGUUGGAUCCUUUGGCUGCCGAGGAGUGGCUUGAGAUGAUUGUUAGAAGGAUGGAUACUAUGCGAAUUACUAAUGAUCGUAGGGUUGAUUUGGCCACUCACUUCUUGGAGGGACCAGCGUAUACCUGGUGGAGGGGUCAGCUACGCAAACUGGGUCAGGAUGUGACUUGGGAGCAGUUCGAGAUUGCAUUCUUAGAAAAAUAUGUGCCUUUGACAGUCCGUGAGGCUAAGGCACAAGAGUAUCUAGAGCUUCGUCAAGGCACCAUGACAGUGGAUGAGUAUGAGGCGAAGUUUGAUGAGUUGGCUAAAUUUGCAGGGGUGUAUGUGCCGAAUGAGGCAGCCCGAGCGGUCAAGUUUAGGAUGGGACCGCGUCCAUCUAUAUCUGGGAAGUUUGCCACUAUGAAGACCAGUUCAUAUAGAGAUGUUGUAGAGGCAACUCGGAUGGCUGACAAGAGUAAUCAGGAUAGCAAGAAGUAUUACGAGAGUAUCAAGUCACUGAAGAGAGGUGAGGCUUCAUCGUCGGGUACUGGGGGAGAAAAGAAAAAGAAAACUGAGUAUGGUACAAAGCAGAAGAUUGAGCAGGGAGCGGAUAGAAGAUCUUAUCGUAGGGAUGAUCGACAGAAUCGUAGUAAUAGGAGUCAAGGUGGUACACAACAGGGUAUUGUUCGUAGAGAUCAAGGAGUUAGGAGAGGAUACAGAGAUAGGACUCCUGGACAACAGACGCUGGUAUGUUUCAGAUGUGGUCAGGAUGGACAUCGCUCCAAGGAAUGUACGGAUAAGAAUCGAGGUACUUGCUAUUGGUGUGGUCAGUUUGGGCAUCGGAUCAGGGAUUGUCCUACUAGAGGGUUAGGACCUCAAGCACUACUAGCACAACAGGGGCAGCAGACCCAGUUACCAGCUCCACCGCAGCAGAGAGCAUUACCUCCGGCAGGUAGAGGGCGCCCAGCAGCUGUACAGGCACCACUCGCCCAACAGCAGCAGCAGAGAGCACCUGGCAGAGUCUUCGCCUUGGGACAUGAGGCAGCUCCUGUUGACCAACAAUAUAUUGGAGGGGAAUCUUUGCUUGUUGAGUCCCCUAUGGUGCAAAACCUUCGGGUUACUACUUUGUGUUAUGGUUGUGUGAUUCAGUUUGGGGACUAUGAGUUCCAGGCUGAUCUAGUUGUUAUGGAGUUUUCUAGUUUUGAUGUCAUCCUAGGGAUGAAUAGGUUGUCAAAGAAUCGGGCAGUUUUGGAGUGUUAUGAGAGGAGAGUCAUUUUGAGGACGCCUCAGGGUUUGAAUAUACGUGUUAGGGGAUCGCGAGCGAACUUAACCCUUUCCGAGCCGAAAGAGGGAACGAGUCAGUUACCAUCAGUGAUUGAGGAAUUUAUGGAUGUCUUUCCAGAUGAUUUACCUGGUUUGCCACCGUAG